AUGGAUAAAUGCGGAAUCUGCCUCAAGCCAGCUGUUCAAUUAUUUGAAACUGGGAAAGAUGGUGUUUAUGCUUGCUUCAAGUGCCAGCCUCUUGUACCAGAAGUUACUAUAGGAGAUAACCCAACAGAAGCAACAGAACCAAGGUCUUCUAACACUGAAGAGGAGAGCAAUGAAUUUGGACUAUAUUGCAGUAUUUGUAACAAAACUUUUCAGAAGAGUAUGCAGCUACAAAAUCACCUGCGCAAUCAUCGCGCCGAGAGACGCUUCGUCUGCACAUAUUGUAAUAAAGCAUUUUCUCAAUCAAACAACCUGAGGGCGCAUCUACGUAUACACACCAACGAACGGCCUUAUAAGUGUUCAGAAUGUGGGAAAGCAUUCACUCAGGUGACGAAUUUAAACAACCACGUUCGCUUACACACUGGAGAGCGUCCGUACGUGUGCCCGGAACCCGGCUGUGAUAAAGCCUACGCACAGGUAACUAAUCUCAACCAGCAUCGAAAGCGACAUUUGACAGGCCGUCCGAUGGAAAAUUCUUACGAUUGCACAGUGUGUGGCGAGAGAUUCCAGCAAAGAAACCACAUGUAUAGUCAUAGACGAUCUGCCCACGCGGACAUAAAGAGUCCGGUACGCAGCGUUGCGAAGAAUUCAUGCGGCGUUUGUGGUUUAGUGUUGGGAAGUGAAGCACUCCUGCGGCAGCAUCUUACGCAGCAUCUCAACGGCGAUACAGACGACGAAACUAGCGGGCCGGUGUCGUGCGUGUUCUCAUCGUGCGGCGCGCGGUUCCUGUGCGCGCGCGAGCACACGGAGCACCUGCUGCGCGCGCACCAGCUGCGCGUGCUGGCCGCGCGCGCGCACCACGCGCCGCCGCGCCGCGGCCGCCCGCCCAAGCAUUUGAAAGACCCGCUUGAGCUCGAUCCGAAAGAGAAUUCCAUGUACGAUGAGGUGAAAAUCAUAAAGCAAGAGCAGCCGCAGUACUUGCCCAAGUUAAAAGUACAAAGUUUGUUUCAGUGA